GAGCGUCAGUUUACGUAGCAACGGUCCGGAAGAUGUCGUCGAGGCCAGUCCUGAAAAACUUCCGCCUUAAGUUGUAAAGAAAACAUAGCAGCUAAAAGGCAAUCGACAUCGUAACCAGUCCGUCUGAGGAGUCAGAAUUAGAGACUCUUCUACUCUGGAGCUUGUGUGGGUUUCAGAGUGUGUGUGUGUGUGAGUGAGUGGGUGAGUGUAUGUGUGAGUGUGUGUGAGCUGCAGUUUCCUCCUCACAGUUUCACCAAGAGCUGCUCCUCCCUGGAGGAUGACAAUGGAGGAGAUGAAGAAUGAAGCGGAGACAAACUCCAUGGUAUCCAUGACGCUGUACGCCGUGAUGUACCCAGUUUUUAAUGAGCUGGAGAGGAUCAACCUUUCAGCAGCUCAGACGCUCAGAGCAGCCUUCAUAAAGGCGGAGAGGGAGAACCCUGGUUUAACUCAGGACAUCAUAAUGAAGAUCUUGGAGAAAAAGAACGUCCAAAUCAACUUCACUGAAUCUCUGCUGCGCAUGGCAGCGGAUGAUGUGGAAGAUUUCAUGAUUGACCGGCCCGAGCAGGAGUUCCAGGAUUUAAACGAGAAGGCCAGAGCUCUGAAACACAUCCUCAGCAAAAUCCCAGAUGAGAUCAAUGACAGAGUACGCUUCCUACAGACUAUCAAAGACAUAGCCAGCGCCAUAAAAGAGCUUCUGGACACAGUCAACAAUGUCAUCAAGAAGUAUCAAUACCAGAAUCGCAGGGCCCUGGAACACCAGAAAAAGGAGUUUGUGAAAUACUCCAAAAGUUUCAGCGACACCCUCAAAACGUACUUCAAAGACGGAAAGGCGAUAAAUGUCUUCAUCAGUGCAAACCGACUCAUCCACCAAACCAACCUCAUACUGCAGACCUUCAAAACCGUGGCCUAGCCCUCGGAGACCACAGAGUCCCCGCGUCCUGUGGGGAGCGACUGCUAGAGUGGUGGAAGCUUGACGAGCGCCUGACCCAUAUAUGUAAAUUAGAAAGAGUUGAUUUUAGGGUUGGGGGUGGGCGGAAGGGAGGUGGGGUGGGGGGUGUGGUCGAUUCCAUUGGAGUCGAGAUUCUAGAUUCCAGUUCAAGAGACUGAAAAGUGCCAUUUGUUUUUUUCAAUGAGGAUUUUCCAGUCUUGAAGUGGAACUGAAUGGGCCCAAAGUCUUGGUUGAUUGAUUUUAUUUGGACAGUUUUAAUUUAUAACCCUGGUCUUUGGUUGGGCGUAGGUGAGGCGAGGUGUUUAUUAAAGACUAAUUGCCAUUUUUUUUUCUUUAUUUUUUCUAAUAUAUUCAUGUUGAUCAUUUUACUUUUAGCUUUUCAAUCAUUGCUACACAUGUGAGACCACGCUCGGUAGGGAUGUGUCUCAGCCGUCUACACUGGUUUUCUCUUCUCGCUUCCUAUUUGUGUCAUUUCGCCAUGGUGUGUACGUGCAGGAUUGACAAAAAGAAAAAACAAAAAGAAAAGCACCUGACUGCAGGUGAAAACGGCCGCAAGGAGAGGAGAGGAAAUGGUGCUGGACAUUUAGGAAGCAGACUCCAAUUUUAUUUCUCUUUACUAUCAGAAGACAGAAAGCCAAAUGACUUCCAGCACAGUGUGCGCCUUACCAAGUCUUGUAACAUUCCCUCCUCUCAGAGUGUAAUGAAGUGGAGCCAGUCCCUGCUGCUGAGGGAUGUAGAGAGAGAGAAAUGAAAGUUCUGUAUUUAACUGAUACCUGGUUGCAAAUGUUCAAUAAAUAGUUUCCAAAUGA